AUGGCAAUGCCAUGCAAUUCAUCCAUGCCUUGGGCAGACUGCGAUGCAGGCCUCCUCGAUUGCGAUGGCAUUGCCACCCGCAAAUGCAGCACUGAAUUUCUUAGCAUAUUGUGCACGACAUUUAUCGAUUGCAUCAAAGACGACAAAGUUCAUGUCGAGAACAGCAGCGCCAACAUGAUAUUCGAGAGUGUGAUGGCAGAGCUGCGACGGCUUUCAUCAUCUACAACCCUCUUUCCAUCAGCAGAGACACAAACACGUUUCUGGGCUCUCUUGUCCCAAGCAAUUGAUGACCAAGUCGCCGCCGUGCAUUCGAAAGUAGACGCACAGAUCAGGGCCGACUUCCUAGUGCGGGCCAACCUGCUCGCGAGGGAAGAAGACCGCCUGUUACAGCGCCUCAAUCGCCCGUCGUAUAAACCAGGUUUGCUACCGUGGGAACAAUUCCUUCUCAAAGGGAGCCCUGGAUGUGGUGUACGCCUGCCUCGCACCACUCCGAACGCUACUCUACAACUCAUGCCAAUUGGCGGAGUAGCGCUCCAUCUCAGGUGGAUGAGAGAUAGACAUCUCACCGCGAAGAAGUGUGAAGGCAUGUACUACCUGGCGUUCCCUCAACCUUGCGACGAACGAAAAUCGCAAGCCACAGAUGUCGUUAACCCUUCGCCGUUUCAGCUACCUACUAGCACUGGUGCCCUCCGGGCAAACACAAUCUCCCUAACUUCUGGUAUGGUAAUACAAUGA